UAUUUAAAAUACAUAAAAGACUUUUACAAAAUGACUUAUUCAUAAAUAAAACCAGUUAAUUUACUCUUGUAGUUUAACAACAAAUAAUAGAAAGAACGAAAAAUAUGUGGUUUUCCGGGCUCAAAAGAGUUCUAUUCGGUUGGUCAACACUUUCCGCAAUUGCACUGUUGAUGCAACUGGUUGAAUGUGGACCACCUAAAACGUGCCCAGCUUAUUGCAACUGCAAUUUAUUGGAGAACCUCAAUCAUGCGGACUGCAGUGGGAAACGAUUGAUAAGUCCGAAUUCAGGGGUGCCAUUUGAAGUCCAGUCGUUGAAUUUAAACUACAACGAUAUCACUAUUCUAGAUAAUAAUUGCUUUGAGGGCUAUGUCUACCUAAUCAACAUAACCAUCGCUCACAAUGCUAUACACACCAUCUUUCUGGAUGUCUUCACCCCACUGAAACGCAUACGCGUCAUUGAUCUCUCGUAUAAUCGUCUCGAAACCAUCGAUCCAAGACUAUUCGAAUCGAAUCGUAGAUUACACAUACUCAACUUGGCAGGCAACAAAUUCUUGUCCCUGCCGAAUGAGCCGCUGCUAAACAGCAAGUCUCUCCGCAAACUCAAUUUGGCUGAUGCGCAAAUAAAUGUGCUGCUACCGGAACACUACAGCGGAUUGCCGCAACUGCAAGAGCUCGAUUUGACGCAAAAUCUCAUCAUUACCAUCGAUCAGUUCGCGGCCCUACCACCAAAGCAACUGCGCGUACUUAACUUGGAUGAAAAUAAUUUAAAUUGCGAUCAAACGCUGCAAACGGCAAUGCAACAGUUGAAGGAGCGAAACGUUGAAGUCGACUACAGUUACUGUCAAGAAGCAGAUCACGUUGAUGAAGCUCCUACAAAAUUUGAGCGCAUCGAGCUCAUGAACGAGCAUGUAGAUAAAGGUAGAGCAGAGAUGGAAGUUGCGACGGAUGACGUCGGUGACUCACAGGAGGACUUUGAUGACAACAUUCGUAGCGGAGUUCUUACAGGCUGGCAUUUUCCAGUUACAUCAAUUGAUGAUACCGAUGACUACGCCGAUUUUGAUGUGGCAGAGAAUGAGGAGAGUGAUGGAGUACCUUCCGACACGUACGACGAUAAAAUCACCAACGAUACUUGUCGCCGUUGGUGUCACUACUACGGCAAUACGACAUUUCCGAAGCAUACUUGGAACGAUGGAAUAGAUUUUAGGGCAAAGCUCUAUAGUGACUUUGAUUUACUAUUCGUUUUCAUUUGUGGCAGUGCGGUCGGCAUUGCACUGACCAUCUUUAUUGGCAGCUGUAUCAUCUGCAUUUGGCGUUGUUCUUCUUUGAGAUCCAGACAAAUGCAAGUUGAAGAUCCUUAUGAUGCCCCCUACGCUGUGGUAUCACCAUCCCGCCAACAAACAAUUCCACCUCAACCAACGACUUCACAUGCAGCUGUAGAUGCAAUUAGGAGACCUUCAGCAAGAGAAGCUGAGCCAACGCAAGAGCUAUUACCUGUUAUAUAUCCGCAACCUCCACGCCGACGUCAGCGUCGCGCUCCAUCCACACAACGUGCAGUAGUACGCCAUGAUCAUCUUGCGCGCCCUGGUAGCGACAAUUUCAUUUCGCGGCUCUUCGGCAGACCAGCGCGUCACCAAUAUUAUCGGACCAUCAACGAGAACACAGCGACUUUAAUACGUCGCUUGAGUCGCAGCAAUCUAUUCAAUAAUCGUCUGAGUCAACAUUUUGGUGAACGUGAUCGUGACCGAGAUCGUGAACGUAACACCGCAAGCUCUGCACCGAAUACACCACCCGAUAGUCCGGAUGGCGCCGUUGCGCCGAAUUUGGAUAACGAGUUGGAUAGUUUGACCACAGCGUCGAGAAUGCCUCAUCGACGACGUCCGGAGACUCCACCUCCUUUGUAUAGUGAAAUAGUUGCUAAAGAUAGUGAACGUAGGACUUGAAUGUUCAACGAACGACUGAUUUAUUUAUAUAGCUCUUAAACUUAUUAAGCAGUUUGUGAAAGAAAUAGUCAUUAUGUCAAUUAAAUA